AUGGACGAGAUGAUGCUCCUUCAAGAACUCUUCAGAGCCAAAGGCUAUCCGCGAACAUUCUUUGAACAGAGCCGAAAGCAACCAAGGAAGCGGAAUGAAGAACCUAGUCAGCCAAAAUCGUGGCGGAACAUUCUAUACUUGAAAGGCAUCUCUGAAGCCGUAGCCAGAUCUCUCGCGCCUCUGGGAAUAGGCGUUGCCCUCAGACCCGAUUUAACAAUCCGCCGGCAAGUGAUGCGGCCAAAAGACCCGAUCUCUAAGCAGAUGUCGGCUGUUGUCUACCGACUUCAGUGCAGCUGCGGAAUGUGUAACUACGUUGGGGAAACCGGCCGACGGCUGCAAACGCGCAUGCAGGAGCAUAAGUUGGCCGUGCGAAGGCUGGACCCAAAGUGGGAGGUAGCAACCCAUGCCAUCCAAAUGGGACACGUCUUUAACUUUGACGCCGUUGGAAUUGUGGGCCGAGGUGAUGAUCCUACGACAGGCAGGUGCAAGAAACCUGGAUUUCUACCGACUGUUCUGUCAACCGCCACAUCAAUUUGCCUCCCCCUAUCUGGUUUUACGAACAUUCUUGAUGGGGGAACGGUAUAAUUCGGUUUUCCUACUAAAAUAAAGCCGGAAGAAGACAUAAUUUCCUACCAAAUGAGCAAAAGAAUGAAUAUCUUUAUGCAUGUUUUCCGUAAAAUAUAAUUACAUUUUCAGGUGCAUCGAAAGUCAAUGAGAAAAAUGCAUACCAGUUAAGUAGCCAUUUUUUGCAAGGUGCGGCUUUUAUAUGCGGCCAGAAAGAUGUUUGUUCAAAAGCCGGCAUCUCGAGGUAGCUGAAUUAUUAUAGAAAUAUGCUGCAUGACGAUAAAGUUUACAGCCCUAUUUAAGUAAUCUUUUUGAAACGAAAACGCAUUUCAGAAUAUCGUUUAACAUUUAGUGAGUUAGCACACCUAUUGUAGAUGUCCUUUGCUUUGAUUUCAGUAAGACGUUUGAGGGCGUUCCACAUAUGCGCCUCCUUCAAUAGUUGUCAGGCGUAGGAAUAAGGCAGUCUUCUGAACUGGAUUCAAGAUUUCCUGAACGGUCGUAGACAAAAAGUCAUAGCGGGUGGCCACUGCUCAGAAUGGGCGCCUGUUAAAAGUGUAUUCCCACAAAAGUCAGUUAUUGUGUCGCUCCUAUUUAUUAUCUAUAUAAAUGAUCCAGUACGGGAAGUGAAAUCGGACAUAGCGCUGUUUGUAGACGAUCUUAAACUUUGGAGGGUGAUAGAAGGUAAAAAAGACGUCAAGAUACUACAAGUGGACGUAGGGGAUUUGCACACAAGGUGCAAAACUGAUGCAUGAAAUUCAACGUCAAAAAGUGUGUGGUAAUGCAUAUAGCAUCAGGAAGACGAAGAACAAAUGCAUUCUCACGAAAAUAUCUUCCCGACAAUCAACUACUUGAAACCCUAGAUGUGCAAAAAAACCUUGGCAUAUUAAUGAAAGACGACUUAAGCGUCACCACUCGGUGUUUUAAAGUCGCAGCGCGGGCACUGUCAAUCAUGAGUGCGAUACGGAGAACGUUUGAUUACUUGAAUGCAGAUAUCUCUGGCGAGGUAUACGGGACGUUUGUGCGGUUGCACCUGGAAUAUGCGGCUUGGCGGCUGAAGCUUCAGAAGGAUAUAGAUAUUCUUGAAAGUGCACAGCGACGGGUUUCAAAGACUGUUUAUGAACUCAAGAGUAUUACGUACAAGCAGCGCCUGUCGGCCUAGAAUCUCUUUCUCCGCCACUACAGACAGGACAGGAGUGAACUCAUAACAAUCUUUCAGUUUGUAAGAGGACUUGAUCUGGAUGUCAACUGGGAAACUAUUUUUCGAAUGGAUCAUAGACUCAUCUUAUACGACAGGAUUACCAGCUUAAAAACGAACUUGGCCACACAAAUCACCGUUCCUUCUUUUUCUCACAGUGUCAUUCGCCAGUGGAAUUCUUUGCCGACGUAUGCUGUGAAUUCCAGACCGUGAGUGUGUUCAAGAGACAUCUGGAUAAUCACCUGCUGAAAAGCAACUCGAACUCCCCAGGUCCGAUCUAAUAGAUUACAGAAAUGACUAAAAACAUACAACUAACAUGAAUUCAACAAGUACUUUUGUGUGCAUUACCUUAACCCAGGUAAGUAUUUUCCCAGCGCGAAUGCAAUGAACGAUUUGUCCGCCGUUCUUUCGCACAUGCCAUGCCUUUUUCACAAUUAUGUUCCAUCGUUACAUUAAUGUACUCUGCACACUAAAGUUACAUGUAAGAUUUGGGCAAUUUAACUAUUUUCAUUCACACCUGUAGCGUUUAAAUGGAGUUUUAAGGGCUUCUACCUUUUACUCCAAAUAUACUGAUUGACUGAUAAUUUACUCAGCACAACCUCCAACUAUGCCAUUCUCCUAUAUAGCUUAAGUUGUCAUAUUCUAGCUGACUGUCAUUUUAAGUAGCGGUACUGAUGCUGAGGACGGAACACACCCGACUCGACAAAGCACUCAAGAGUAGUUUCUUGACUAUAGAACCGCUGAACUGAGUCGUCAAGCAUCACGUAAAACACGCUAAUAUGAAUAUAAAAAGAAAAGAGUUCGAAACGUAUGAAAUCUGUUUUACCAGAGGUAGGUAGAUUGCGUCGUAAAGAAAGGACACAACAAUACUAAGGGGAAUGACGUUACGUACAACUGAUCCAUCUGCUGUUCGAGUUGGUCUCGACGUGGCCACUAGACUACCGGGGGCAACUGCAGGGAAGGGUCAUGGAGAUAUGCCGAAGGCAGAGAGAAUGCGAACAAUGAGCAAGUGUGAGAGGUGUCAGCGGUAGGAAGGGGGACACUGGAUAUCCUCGGUCCAUUUAGACAACUCGGUCAGAUCCGGGAUAAGUUACCCAGCGUCCUCCUGAGGUGCAGCACUCUUUCCAGUGCUGUUAGAGCUGGUGCCCGAAGGUGGUGUGUGCUAUUCUUCCCCAUCCAACCGCUGCCACCAAUGUAACGUCCCGUUUGCUCCUCGUCUCAUCAAACCUGAUCGAUAUUGUCGGAAUCCGGCGUUUCAGCAGAACUUGUAGCCGGUCUUUCGGUAUAACCACCCUCUAGAGCAGACAUGUUAUUAUCUCUUUUGACAGGCAUUUGAUCACAAUCCAUCAUUCAUACAGUCAGUUAUACAUCAAUGUGGAUUGAGACGAACAUUUACUAACCAACGAGGGCUAAUGAAAAAGAUAAGUGAGCGUAAGUAAACGACGGUGACGAGGUCAAAAGGGGGUUACGGUGAUGGGUAUUGGCGUUGAUACAACGACUAUUCGGUAUCUUAUUCGAUAGAGUUGGUCUGAUUGUCGGUAUCUCGGGUGCAGGCCAAUAUUUGAAAACAAAGGUCUUUAAUUAGGAAUUAAAAGUAACCAACCGGCCUAACCAGUCGGCAGUUAGAUGAGGUCGGUAUGCAUUGCCUGGUUAAACACACUGACAGCUGCACGCGUCCAAUGCAUUCCUUGUCAGAGUCAGUGAUUACCCCCUUACGCAAGACUCCCGUUUGGCACUAAGGUACUCAUUGGCCUUAACGUGCUGAUGACUCACGCAGCGGACGAAGGCACUGAAAGUAGCAUACACACCGGCUAAAGGGAAGCACACAGGAAAAUUCCUGGCGGCACUGUACCCAUCCAGGCGACAAGGUAGAGGAAUUUUAGGAACACUAAUGCGGGUAUAAUAGGAAUAGAGGGGAAUUUAAACAUAUAGUAAUAGUCAGUGGUACAAAGAAGGGUGAGUCACAUCAGGAAGGCGAUUGAUCUGGAUGAGGAGGUGACGUCAACGUGCCUGCUAAAGAACUGGUGGUGAGUGCGGCACCGUGGACACCUGCGGGGAGGGCCGUGGAAGAUGCCGACGUAGAGAGUGAGUAGAGCGAGCGCUGUGACUAGUGUUACAGGAGGGGAAUCGGCGGUUGCCUGAGGAAAGGGCACUGGCUGUUUCUACCAACACACAUUUACACUAGCCUCAUCCUCGACCUGCAAGAAGUGUUUACUUCAUUCAAACAAGUCAGCCAGUUCGUGGGGUGUUGCAUCAUGAAACCCCACCAGCACGCUUUAAAUCGCUCGUGCUCUCCCACACGACAAAGUCCGCUCACCAAAACCUUCCUAUUUUACUUACGUUUAGGAAAUGCGCUAUUGGAGUUUUGGCGAGACAAGGAAAUAAUUAUCCCCUAGCAUUAACUGUGAUUGUACUAAUCAUUCCGGAAAGGGCAAAUAUUUCCGUGCCCUAGCCCUAACCUUUAAAUUAACUCUAACGUUAAAUGUGGCCCUCACUAUACCCCUAUCCUUACCUUAAAAGUUUGCUUAAAUCUGGCCACAACAUUAACGUUAAUCUUCCUGGAAAUUAGCACACAGUCUCUGGACGGAGACGACACUUGUUCCGGUGUCUUGCCGGUUUUUCACGGAGAAAUUGGUGACCACUAUAAUUUCCAUCUCUUCCAACCUUGCACUUACUUUUACUUCAAUCUGUUGGCAUCAAUAUUGGUUUCGUCGGUUUAAGAGUACAUAGUGGCACAAAAAGCGUUUAGUUUUGGUGGGCCAAAAUACACCUGUAAGAUUAGGCACGACUUUAGCUGACAUUGUUCAACUCGUCCUAAGCCAAGACCUAUCCGCGGUGCCCCACUUUAACCCGUGUGGACUAUUUCCAAGUCCUCGGCCGCUACAAAGCAGCAACCUCGUGGCUAAUUUGUUUUUUAUCAUUUGACGGACCUGGACAUGGUUCACUUACGCCAGAGGACAUACCGGUUUACAUACAGCAUUAGUGACUCCCUCUCGUUCACAACGCCUUCAUUUUCAUAUAUGUGCUUGAACAUUUUCGUGCGGAUAGCGUUAUUCUAACCAGGUCUUAUUUGUUAUCUACGUCGCCUCAUCUUCUCAACCGAUACCAGUGCUGUAUUUAACCGUCAGUGUCCAACAACCAGUCGUCUAACUUAAUUAUCUGACGUCUAACCGACAUUGCUUAAUAAUGACCAGCGAAACUACCAGUCCGCUGAUAACUUCGUGGACACUGAUGCCGACACCAAUCUAAUUCCACCCUCCCAGACAGACCGUAAGUCAGCUGGGUUUUCGGUUUUUCCCCAUACAGUUAAGGAUACCUGUUGGGAGUGCCUACACUCCCAAAAACAAGAGCAAACCAAUCAAUGGAGACCACGUACAUUUGCUCUCUCUCUACAGCGCUGUCAUCUCAAUCAGGCGCCUUCCCUUUGGCUACUCCCCUCUUCCCGAAGGUCAUUGGACCGAAUGCCGGCGAACCACGCUAGCGUGUGAUAAAUAUGCGUCACCCUUAGCUAGACAUGACUUGCAGUGUUUUGUUAAUACACGUUCCGUGGCCAGCCGUGUGUUCUUUGUCUGCUGCCUUGAUAUUGGGGACCAGGGUCGAGUGCGCAUACGCUCCACGGGAUUUCACGUACCAGGCGGGUCAUAACAAAUUGGCGACGCAGUCUUUCAACUACAAUGGCUGACGAGUACGCAGACUUGAAGCAGAUGUUGCAGCCGCAGCUGAAGCUAAUGGAGGCCCUCACCGUUAAGCUGUCCGACUCGUCCAUGGGUCAAUAAAGCACGGCAGGUGGUUCGCAAUCUGUUGAUCACAUUGCCGGCAGCAUCACCGAAUUCUUGUAUGACCCGCAGGCCCAUAUCACCUUUGAUUCCUGGUACAAGCGAUACGAGGACUUGUUCUCUGUUGAUCUGGCUGCCCAGGACGAUGCAUGGAAGGUCCGACUUCUACUUCGCAAACUGGGUGCGGCUGAACACGAGCGUUAUGCCAACUUCAUCCUCCACAAGAAUCCCCGAGAAGUCACUUUCAAGGACACGGUUCAGACGUUGUCGCAGACUUUUGGUGAGCAAUCAUCCCUCUUCAACACUCGAUUUCAGUGCCUGCAGCUGAGCAAACGAGAUUCCGAUGAUUUCAUCACAUAUGCGGGCACUGUUAAUCGUGAGUGUGGGCGUUUUCAACUCGGUUCUCUCACUGAAGACCAGUUUAAAUGCCUCAUAUUUAUCUGCGGCCUCCAGUCCCCCAAGAAUGCUGAUAUCCGGACACGUCUCCUGUCCAAAGUGCAGCAGAGCAACUCUAUCACACUCCAAGAGCUGGCAGCAGAGUGCCAAACGCUGAUAAAUCUCAAGCUCGACUCUGCAAUGAUUCAGAACCCUGUCUCAUCAUUCUCAGUCCAUACGGUCACAUCGACCAAAUCGCAUCCUGUUACACGACCCAAACAAAUGUCCAAGGCGAGAUCCCCGCCAUCUCCUUUUCGGCACUGUGGCGCGUGGCAUUUCCACCGGGAUUGCGCGUUCCGCCAGCAUCGCUGCCAAAGCUGUAAUCAGGUGGGACACCGUGAUGGGGUCUGCAAAUCAGUACCAGCUUCUGGAGGCAAGCCAGCCCCCGCCACUCCUAAUUCCAGGCACCGUUUUCGGCCUAAACGCAAGCCCAAACCCCAGUCCGUUGGUAGUUCUCUCAGUCCCUUGGCCGCUUUCCAGCUCAAUGCGUCUGGUCGCAGAAAGUUUGUUGACGUUUUGCCCAACGGCCAUGCAGUUCGUCUACAGUUGGACACUGCCUCAGAUAUCACCAUCAUCUCUGAGAGACUCUGGCAGCCCCUUGGCAGCCCCACGAUGCAGCAGACUUCCCAGUCCGCCAUAAGCGCGUGCGGUGGUCUCAUGCAGCUAAUUGGGCAGCUGCAAUGUUGUGUGUCGUUCCGCGGUACCAGCAUCACUGCGAUCUGCUACAUCACCAGGUCUGAUCUAAACCUACUUGGUCUCGACUGGAUUGAACAACUUGGGUUGGCCGAUAUGCCGCUCCGCGUUGUUUGCAGUCGGGUGCAGAUUUCCGCUGUGCUUGCAGACCAAGCCAAGGACAUUCUCCAACGGUUUGCUCCAGUGUUCCAAGACGGCCUGGGUCGUUGCACAUACACUCAAGCCGUGCUACAUCUGUCUCCUGGAAGUCAACCAGUCUUCCGUCCAACGCGGCCAGUCCCAUAUGCAGCCCUACCACUUGUCGAGGCUGAAUUGAAGCGUCUAGAGGAACUGGGAGUUCUGGUUCCUGUAUCCUUCUCCGCCUGGGCCGCUCCAAUCGUUGUGGUUAAGAAGGCCAAUGGCUCGGUCCGCAUUUGUGCUGACUUCUCCGCCGGUCUCAAUGCCGCGCUGACGCCGAACUGCCAUCCAUUACCGGUUCCGGCUGAUCUUUUUACCCUGCUAAAUGGUGGCACAUGCUUUGCCAAGUUGGAUCUCGCUGAAGCGUAUCUGCAGAUCGAGUUGCGCGAAUUGUUGAACAUCAACACCCACCGCGGUCUGUUCCAAUACACCAGGCUGCCCUUUGGUGUCAAGACCGCCCCGGCCCUAUUCCAACAAACGAUGAACGCAAUGCUCUCCGGCAUCCCUGGCACAGCUGGGUACCUGGACGACAUCAUCAUCCUGGGUCGCUCCCCUGUCGAGCUGCAAGACCGAGUGUGCGCAGUACUCGAACGCGUGCAGGAAUAUGGCUUUCGCCUACGAGCCGACAAGUGCCAAUUCUUCCUCGACUCCAUCAAGUACCUUAGAUUCAUUUUUGACGUCACUGGUCGUCAUCCAGAUCCUGAAGACAUUCGGGCCAUCCAACGGAUGCCUGCACCCAAGAAUGUAUCGCAACUUCGUUCGUUCCUUGGGCUGAUCAGUUACUAUAGCGCCUUCCUACCAACGCUCCAUGACGUGCGGGCCCCGCUCAACCGUCUGUUGCAGAAGGAUGCUCCCUGA